ACUUAUACAGUGUCAGAAAAUCCACAUGAAGAAAACACUAUGAGAGAGACUUCUCAUCAGAAAAUUCAAUGAUGGAACAUGUAACAUUAGGAAAUCUAAAUUUAUUGGUUCAAUUCAUAAAAAAAUCCAGUGUGAAAUUGCUACAAAAGCAGAGAUGAUUAUACAAAGAGUAGUGCUGAAUUCACGGCCUGGUAAGAAUGGAGUGCCAGUGGCUGAAAACUUCCGACUGGAGCAAAGUACAAUAGCAGAUACAGUCCAAGUGGGACAAGUCCGUGUUAAAACUCUCUAUCUCUCAGUGGACCCCUACAUGCGCUGCCGAAUGAAUGAGGACACGGGCUCGGAUUACCUGCGGCCCUGGCAGCUGUCUGAAGUUGCUGACGGUGGGGGCAUCGGGGUGGUGGAGGAGAGCCAGCACCAUAACCUUGCUAAAGGAGACUUUGUAACCUCCUUCACGUGGCCCUGGCAGACUGCAGCAAUUCUUGAUGGAGACUCGCUGCAAAAGCUGGAGCCACAGCUUGUAAAUGGACGCCUUUCCUACUUUCUGGGUGCAGCUGGCAUCACGGGGCUGACGGCCCUGUUGGGAAUCAGGGAGAAGGGACACGUGGCCAUGGGUGCAAAUCAGACCAUGGUGGUGAGCGGAGCGGCCGGUGCCUGCGGCUCUUUGGCUGGCCAGAUUGGCCGUCUGGAGGGCUGCUCUAGAGUGGUGGGGAUUGCUGGCACAGAUGAAAAGUGCUCCAUUUUGGUCCAAGAAAUGGGGUUUGAUGCUGCUAUCAAUUACAAGAAGGGGGAUGUGGCAAAACAGCUACGUGAACUCUGCCCGGGUGGUGUGGAUGUUUACUUUGACAAUGUUGGUGGUGACAUCAGUGAUACAGUUAUAAGUCAGAUGAAUCAGAACAGUCAUAUCAUCCUGUGUGGACAGAUUUCUCAGUAUAACAAAGACGUGCCUUAUCCCCCUCCACUGCCUCCUGACACAGAAAAAAUACAGAAAGAAAGGAACAUCACAAGGGAAAGAUUCUUGGUGUUGAACUACAUGGACAAACAAGAAGCUAGUGUAUUACAACUCUGCCAGUGGAUCCAAGAAGGUAAACUGAAGGUCAGAGAGACUGUGGUAGAAGGCUUAGCAAACAUCGGUGCUGCUUUCCAGUCCAUGAUGAACGGAGGCAAUAUUGGAAAACAGAUCGUCUCAAUUUCGAAGUAAAAGUCAUUGGUUCCAGAAAAAUAAUUGCAUUCGGUCUCUAACAGCGGGCAAGUUUUUAAUUAUACUAAUUUCCAUUUCUUAAAUAAACCAUUAAGUUGUUCUGUAUGUACUGAAAGCAGAGAUUUUGGGAUGCUAAUAAAUUAAAUUGAACUGGAAACAGCAA